AUGGACCCUCAAGGUAUCAGGGAAGAGCCCUUCCCCGCCCGCAGCAAACAGGAAAAUGGCACGGUCAACGGUGUCCCAACGGAAGUCUCGUCCAUGACCUUUUCCGACAAGAUCAUGAUCACAAUUUCGCAAGAGGGAAAACUAUCCCAAUGGAUCCAAGUACCACUGCAGGCUUCAUCGGGCGGCAUGGUCGACCUGAGCCUCCCAUCAGCUAGUCGUGGCCUGCUACCUUCCGUCCAUCUCACCCCCAAAACUCUUCUGGGAGGAGGCGGCGACGAGCGCGAGACUCUCGGCCAGCUGUACGCCGCACAAAUUGCCAGUCUCAUCUCCACGCGCGAUCCGGAGGAUCGAAGAACACUGGUUCUCGGAUUGGGUCUCAACAAGGUUGACACAGAGCGGGAGGCAUUUUUCGACACUGUCGAGUUGGUUCAAAAGGUGUUGUGA